AUGGCCACCACAACCACCACUACCACCACCCGCCCCCGCCUCAGCGCCGCCCUCGCCGACUACGAAGUCCGCCAAACCGUCCCAACAGCUCCCACGACCGCUCCUCAUCCUCCGUCCUCAACCGGCACGCCGCUGGAGCCGCAACCCGCCGCCUUCAAUCCGACCCUCGCGCCACACCCGCUGCCGUACGCAGUGAUGACAAACCCGGAGGGCUGGCCGGCGGACACUUUCCGGCGCGUGCCGUCAUACCGCCCAGUCAACCGCGGCCUGGACAGGGAGGAGAGGCGGCAGAAUGCCGUGUUUACGGUUGUGGGAACGUUCAUGAUUGCUGGGUGUGCGAUGAUUGCGGGCUGGUCGAGUGUGUGGCGGAAUACGUUUGGGAGGGGUACGGGGUGGGAGAUGCAUCCUGUUGGUGGGACUUUCUAG